UAGCGCGCUGGCGCGCAGUGAUGGCCAAAGAGUCUCGCGGCACAGUGUCUGUCGCUUCCCGCCCCUCUGCCAUGAACGUCAUGACAGCGUCCGUGCGGUCUCCGAAUCGCGUGCUUGGGUAGGGCAGUCCGUCAAUCAGAGUCUCGCCAAGGCUCCUCCUCAAACCGUGUUACCCUGUCCUUCUUUCGUCACUUCCUCUCUAGCUUCUGUGCAAUCGAUAAGGAAACCAGGACGACGCCGCGGCUCUCCUUUUUUCAGGCGGCCGGGAAGAUGGCGGACAUUCAGACUGAGCGUGCGUACCAAAAGCAGCCGACCAUCUUUCAAAAUAAGAAGAGGGUCCUGCUUGGAGAAACUGGCAAGGAGAAGCUCCCGCGAUACUACAAGAACAUUGGUUUGGGCUUCAAGACACCGAAGGAGGCCAUCGAGGGCACCUACAUUGACAAGAAAUGCCCUUUUACUGGUAAUGUCUCCAUCCGAGGGCGAAUCCUGUCUGGUGUGGUGACCAAAAUGAAGAUGCAGAGGACCAUCGUCAUCCGCCGAGACUACCUGCACUACAUCCGAAAGUACAACCGCUUCGAGAAGCGCCAUAAGAACAUGUCUGUGCACCUCUCCCCCUGCUUCAGGGACGUCCAGAUUGGUGACAUUGUCACAGUGGGCGAGUGCCGGCCCCUGAGCAAGACGGUGCGCUUCAACGUGCUCAAGGUCACCAAGGCUGCCGGCACCAAGAAGCAGUUCCAGAAGUUCUGAGCCCAGACCCCUGCUCACCGCCCCAGACAAAAUAAAAGUUACCUUCCCA